GAUAUGGGAUCAUAUGAGUCAAAAAUGAAUAUCAUCAUCCCCCAUAUGGUGAUAUAUAAAUAGCUUCUACAUCGUCCAAGAACCACCCAAAUCACAUUAAUGCUCUACCAACAUCGACUCAAUCACCCUCCUUUCCUCCCUCAUUCCCUCUCUUUCUCUCUCUUCGUUCUCUCUCCUUAACUUCUACUUCCCAGCAGCAGCCAUUGCAGUUUGCAGCACAUUACAAAGAGAGCUCAAAGUACAUACUAGUGAUCGAGGAGAGAGAAAAUUCAACACACAAACAAAAGAUUGUGUUCUCUUUUCUUUUUUAUUAUUAUUGUUUAAAAGAUUGUGACUCUUUUUUCUGCUAAUUCUAAUGGUUUUUUCUGCAAAAUCCAAUGACAAUGAAGGUUGGGGAAUGGGAUUCUUGCUCAUUCUUUUUCAUCAUCACCCAGAAAAUCAUGAAGAACACAGCCAUUUUAAGAAGAAAUCAUCACCUUCGAUUUCUUUGGCUGCCAAAUCGACCAAUUUACUCCUUUCUAAAACACAAUCAACUCUUUCUAUUUGUGGGAUUUUGGUUUUUACCACGAUUUUGUUGUUUACUCUUUCUACUUUCGAGCCUAGUUCAUUUGUUCAUCACCAUUCUUAUAAAUCGUCUUCGUCUCCUUCUCGCAGAUUUCUGCGAGACCAUAAGGAAAAUGAUCAAAGAGGGUUCGAGGUGUUGAACCUAUUUUCGCAUAAGUUGAAGGGCAGUGAGAGUAAUAUUACCCACAUUGCGAGUAAUUCUGCGUUGCAGGGGAUGGGUGCUCUGUAUUUGAGAGGGAGUAAGAGUAUGACCGAUUUGGUUGUAGCCCAUGUUGCUGAAGAUGUAACUGAAAAUGAGUUUAAGAGCUUUUUAAGAGUGGUUAUUAACCACUCUGGUUUACUCUCUCGGUCAGAUUUCGUGUUCAUCUUCGCCUCACCGUCGUCCGCGGCGAGGUUUGGUGGUUUGGUGAAGUUGGAGUCCGACUCGUUCCUCCGACUCGUUCGACUCGGAUGUGAAAUCGGGAGGGUCGCCGAGUUAGGGGUUGGGUUUAGUCGGUAUUUGGUGAAGAGGGAAUUUGGGGAGGGGGAGAAGGAGCCCAUGUGGGGGAGGAAGAGGGGGAAUUCGAGUGAAGGUGAGUUGACUCGGUCGAGUUACGGGUCGGUGGUGGGGUUUGAGGCUUCGGAGCUUGACCCGGAGGACACGCUUUCGGGUUUCUUGGAUCACGUGCCCAUGAGUCUGAGGAGGUGGGCGAGUUACCCCAUGCUGCUCGGCCGAGUCCGCCGACAGUUUAAGCAUGUGAUGUUGGUUGAUGUCAAGAGCACGUUGAUUUUGUCUGACCCGUUUAGCCGAGUCAGGAACCGGAGCUCCGAGUCGUUGUUUCUUUGGUCCAACCUCGAUGCUCCAGAGCCGACGACUCGACAUCACGGGAAGAGGAACUCCGGUAAGGCCCGGGACUUAAACUCAAAAGAGUCAAAACCUCAGCUCAACCCAGCGGUCAUUGUCGGUGGAAGCCGCGGGGUCCGCCGCUUCGCUACUGCGGCAUUGACGGAAAUUGUCCGGGGCGUUAUCGAACACAAGGGGAAGGGACGGAACUCGGUAACCGAGUCAGGACUCGUGAACCAACUCGUUCACAGUGGGCACCUUCUUAAGAAGAUUAACUUAAUCACGCCGGCCGAGCCACUCGCCAAGUUGAGUUCACUCGCCGGGUUCAAUUCGGUCGACACGGCGGUUUUUAGUUACCUAAAACUUUCCGAUUACUUCAGUGUGGUGCAACGUGGGCAUAGUGGUGGAGGGAGUGGUAGUUUAGAUAUUGAUGAGGUGGUUAUGAGAGAAAUUUGUGCAUCUCAUAAAUUAUAUUCUUCUGUUUAUAGUGAUUGUUUGGCUAGUCAAUAAUAGUUUAGUUUUAGUGAUAAUAGAGCAAAAAAUUUGGAUUAAAAAAAUACAUAGGGGAAUAAAUCAGAGUUUUUUUUUUUUUGUUUGAUCAUGUGAAAUUCUGUUCAUAAAAGAAAUGGAAACAAUUUUGGAAAA